AUGGUUCCCACACAACCCGUCAAUCCCAGCUAUCCAUCUGGCCAGUUUCCCACCCAAACACCCAUUUGCUUCCCACUGCCCGCCAAUGAGCCACAAGCCAACAGUCCCCCUAACGCUCACGCCAUAUGCAGCCACUACCUUUAUCCCUAUUACCAUCCUCUCUACCCACCACCUUACCAGCCUUUGCCCCAAGAUCCACAGACUCAACUACCAAUCGCCACCACUGCAACUCCUCCCACCACAAGUUCUACAGCAUCGACCACAGCUGGACCCACUUCACAGAUCCCCCGCCUACAGUGUCUAGUUGGGAAACUGGUUGUCUUCCUGCCUUCUGCUCACCCAAACACCAUCCAGGUCAGAGACCAAAUGGAGACAUGGCUGUUGGUCUCCAGUGUGUCUCCACGGUGUGGGUACCUGCUGCAGACGGCUGAGGGCUCCGGGGUAAUCUUUCACUCUCCUCUGCCCGCCUGCCACAGCCAGUUAUCGACUCCCACGGCCAUUUCCUUAAUUCUGAGGUUUUGGGACCUCUCUGUGGCGCAGUAUAGAAGUCUAGACCUGCGAUGCCCGUAUCCAACUACCACUGAAACUCCCGUACCAGUUACCCCACCAGUGUCUCCCACCCCACCCAGCACCACCGAGGACAAGGUCGACCCGACGGUUGUUCCAAAGCCUAAAGUCUACUGCUCCUCCCAUCAGAUGACAGUGGAGCUCCCCUCUGGUCCUUUCUCUGAAAUUGUUAUUAAAGACAUCAAGGGGAACCAGAUGGGUUUCCAGGAUGCCCCAGAGCACUGUGGGUAUUCUGCAAAAAAAGGCAAAGAUGGCAAAAUACGUCUGACUAUCCAGUUACUCUCGCGCUGCCACAUGAGAGUGGAGGGUACAAUGUACAUGAUCACUGUCGUCUACAUGACAGUAAAUGGGAGACAUGAGGCUCAGUUUUCCUGUCCAGUUGUCAUCCCAGGGUCUGGACAAGAGUGCAACCUUCCCAGUGAACAGCGUCUCCCCUGCGGACUCGCCCCUGUGUCCCAGCCACAUUGCUUCUCCAUCGGCUGCUGCUUCGACGGCCAUGACUGCUUCUACCCCAUGGAUGAGUGCACUAUUGACCGCCACUUUGUCUUCUCCGUGUCGGCCUCCCUCACGGAGCCCCCUCUGUCCCCUGGACUGCUCGUCGUUGCCGGCAACUCCACCUGCAAACCACAGAGGGUGACUGCCGACUACGCCUUGUUCAAGAUCCCGAUGGACGGCUGUGGGACGCGCAGAGUGGCAGUCGGGAACGCAGUGAUCUACAUGGUGGAGGUCAUCAACAAGGUCCAGGCAAUCCGCCUCAACUAUGGCACCAUCACAAGAGAUUCUUCUGUCAGGUUGUUGGUGGAGUGCAGGUUUGUGCCAGGCACUGUUGUGAGUGUGAGCUACUUGGUGAAAACUCCCACCCUGGGACCUGAGGUUACGGCCAAGGGGAUGUUUGGGGUCCAGCUCCGGAUCGCCAAAGACGCCCAGUACAGCAGCUACUACCCCCAGAAUCACCCGCCCCUGCAGAUGCUGCUGGGGAAACCCCUCUACCUGGAAGUGCGGCUCCUCAAUGCCUCGGAUCCCACCCUGGUGCUGCUGGUGCACUUCUGUGUGGCCUACCCCAUCUCUGGAAAGGCUGUGUGGCUGCUGCUGUACAACGGAUGUCCCAACCCCUUGGACCCAGCCCUGCAGCAAGCUCUGCUCUCUGGUCCUCGGCCACCCACUCCUCAGGCUCAGACCCGCCGCUUCACCAUCAGCACCUUCCAGUUCCUUCCUGAUGGUGACUUCAGGAACCUGGAUGAGGAGUUUACGGCAUGGAAGGCGAUUGAAGACGGUGACGAUCUGCUUGCAGCCACCUGGUUUUACAGCAGGAAGUGGCACUGGCACAAAGUGUGA